AGCUUACACUUCCUGUUUAAGACCGGACCGUUGUGCGGGUGUGAGCGUAACCCUGGUAACGGCCCGUGCUCAGCCUCCUGGAACUAGCAGUUGCCAUGGAAACACACCAAGGCUCCUCCUCCUGUGUUCACAUGCGUGAACCUUUCAUUUAAUGAGAACAUGCUAGCGCUGCUGCGGGCUACGCGCACGCACACACGCACACACAAUACCCCCGCCCCGCUGCCACAGAUCCAUGACAUCACACACGCACACGCACGCACAGUGUGGAGGAUGCGUUCACACUCGGCUGCUCGUGGUGGCGCAUGACAGAAGACGAAGAGUGAGGAAGAGGAGGAGAAUAGACAGAAGAUGAGGAUGACGAGGAUGGAGGCUGAAGAGAAUCUGGUUCAUUCCUUUCUACUUCUCCUUCUGCUGGCGACCUCCUUCACUCUGGUGGGUCCAGCAGCCCCCCGGGACCCAGAGCGGAACCAGGACCAGUGGCACGUGUUCAGUUCUGCUCAGGACUCGGCGGGUCGGUGUGUGUGCACAGUGGUCACCCCCCAGCACAGCGUGUGCUCCAGAGACACUCGAAGUAAACAAGUGCGCCACCUGCUGGAGAAGGUGCAGAACAUGAGCCAGUCCAUUGAAGUCCUGGACCAGCGCACGCGGCGAGACCUGCAAAUGGUGGAGAAGAUGGAGGCGGAGCUAAAAGGUUUGGAGAACAAGUUCAAACAGGUGGAGGCGGGGCAUGAGAGCAACAUGGCCAGGCAGUACCAGUCCAUCAAGGUGAAGAUGGAGGAGCUGCGCCCGCUCAUCCCGCUCCUGGAGGCCUACAAGGCCGACGCCCUGCUGGUGAGACGCUUUAAGGAGGAGGCGGCCAACGUGACGGCACUGCUGGGCUCGCUGCAGGACCAGCUGGGAGUCCUGGACUACCAGGACCUGCACGGCCGGGUGGCGAGCCUGGAGGAGCGUCUGCGGGCCUGCAUGCAGCGGCUAGCUUGUGGGAAGCUAACGAGAAUAGCCGAACCCGUCACCAUGAAGACCUCCGGAUCCAGGUUCGGAUCGUGGAUGACGGACCCGCUGGCGCCGACCGGAGACCACCGAGUGUGGUACAUGGACGGUUACCAUAACAACCGCUUUGUUCGCGAGUACAAGUCCAUGCAGGACUUCGUGACCACAGACAACUUCACGUCCCACCGCCUGCCUCAUCCUUGGUCCGGCACGGGUCAGGUGGUCUACAACGGCUCUCUGUACUUCAACAAGUUCCAGAGUCACACCAUCAUCAAGUUCGACUUGAAGUCCUCCCUCAUCAGCCGCUCGCGCCAACUCGACUUCGCCGGUUACAACAACAUGUACCACUACUCCUGGGGGGGCCACUCCGACAUCGACCUCAUGGUGGACGAGGGCGGCCUUUGGGCCGUCUACGCCACCAAUCAGAACGCAGGAAACAUCGUACUCAGCCAGUUGGACCCAAACAGUCUUCAGGUGCUCCGCAGUUGGACCACCAACCAUCCCAAACGCAGCGCUGGCGAGGCCUUCAUGAUCUGCGGAACUCUGUACGUCACCAACGGCUACUCCGGCGCCACCAAAGUCUACUACGCCUUCGCCACCAACUCGUCCACCUAUGAGUACAUCGACGUCCCCCUCGGAAACACCUACGGGCAUCUGUCCAUGCUGGACUACAACCCCCGAGACAGGGCGCUCUACGCCUGGAAUAAUGGCCGCCAGGUCCUCUACAACGUCACGCUCUACCACAUCAUACAGUGACACGUCGUGACACCGCGUCACGCUCUACCACAUCAUGACAUCACGUCACGCUCUACCACAUCAUGACAUCACGUCACGCUCUACCACAUCAUGACAUCAUGUCACGCUCUACCACAUCAUGACAUCAUGUCACGCUCUACCACAUCAUACAGUGACACGUCAUGACAUCGCGUCACGCUCUACCACAUCAUGACAUCACGUCACGCUCUACCACAUCAUGACAUCAUGUCACGCUCUACCACAUCAUACAGUGACACGUCAUGACAUCGCGUCACGCUCUACCACAUCAUGACAUCACGUCACGCUCUACCACAUCAUGACAUCACGUCACGCUCUACCACAUCAUGACAUCAUGUCACGCUCUACCACAUCAUGACAUCAUGUCACGCUCUACCACAUCAUACAGUGACACGUCAUGACAUCGCGUCACGCUCUAC